UCAAGAUAUAUCCAGUUCAUGAACACGAUGGCAUCUCAGAAUUUGGUAUUCGACCCAGAAGGUGACGUCAAAUUCACUUUUGAGGAAGAGGCAGUGGAGAAUGGCGAUGAGCACAAAAAAGCUGGAAAGGCUGAUGAGAAAGAUUCAAAUCCUCGCGGGUGAGGCAUUCAAAGUUCAGUUCCUAUAACAUGGUUUCCUUGCUAAUAAAAUACUGAAGGAAGCGAAAGAGAUCCAAUUCAACCACACCAGAAGCACAAAUAAUAACCAUGCUUGUCUCUUCUCGGCACUUGUCUUUAGCCUCCAACGUUUUUAAAGCCAUGCUCCGACAAAAUUUCCAGGAAGGAAACGAACUGAGUCUGAACGGGACAGUAACCAUCAACCUCCCUGAGGACAACCCCGCCGCGUUCGAGAUCCUAAUGAAUAUCAUUCACGCAAAGAACAGAUCCAUACCAAAGAAAGUGACCCUUCAAAUGCUUGCAGAAUUGGCUAUUCUAGUCGACAAGUACAGAAUGCACGAGUCAACAGGCUUUCUUGCUGAUAUGUGGAUCGCAGAAUUGGAAGAAGAUAUACCGCAUAAAAUGUGCGAGGACUUGAUGCUUUGGAUGGCCAUUACGUAUGUUUUCCGUCACGAGGAGCAUUUUGAAGACGUGACCGCGACUGCUCGAUAUUAUACAGUUGGAAAACGUUUUCGAUUCAAACAGGGAGCAAGAUUCUCUGAGUCUUUGCCAAUCCCGGAGAAAGUAAUUGGUGCGGAACAAUCUUUGUUUGGUUUUUUCCCCUUGAAUAAAAAGCUGAUAACUUUUGCAGAGGAGGUCGAUAGACUUCGACAACACGACAUAUGUUUGGCAUUAUCAAAGAUAGGCGCUCUUAUAAAACGACUUCAAUCUCCUCAACCGAAAUUGUGUCCGGCAUCCAUAUUCAUAUGUGAGAGUUCACUUUUAGGAAGUCUUCUCAGAAGUGCUUUGUCCCUCAAGUUAUGGCCGUUGCCAGAGAAGCCCUAUGAGCAGCUAUCCUUCCACGAUGUUUCUUCAUCCAUAAAAAAGUUAGAAAUACUGUCAUACUGUCAAGCCAACCAUAAAGGGCAAGAUGGCCACUUCAUCAUGGAUGGUAUUCAGAGAGAAGUUGAAAACAUCCGGUCACGCCAGUUUGGUGUCGAAAUCGAUUUCACUGGACACUGAAAUUGCUUGUCGGAACUCUGGAAGGAAUUUUGUUUGAUUGAUGGAGCUGGAUUAAUAGAGUGUUUGUACGUGGAGUGCAGUAUCAGCUGUAGAUUGCAGUCGAUACCCAUGGCAAAAUUGGUUUACUCGAGUAUUCCAAGGUUUGUGGAUAGGCAGGCCUAUUCCACACCCCAAAUACAAAAGUUUUAGUUAUAGGAAAGCGAUUAAGGCAUGUACUGUAC